AUCGACCCAACUCUUCCACACGUGCGAGUCACUGCGUUGCGGAUCUCUGCAUUUUUCGCUGACUCAAGACAAGAUCUACGAACACCACACUUCCUUCCCCGAGUGGUAAAAACUCAUAACAAACUCGAUCACCCUGACGAAGAGUCCUCACUCGUUCUUCCGAGAUGGCUUUCAUGGCGGUCUUGGAAUCUGACCUCCGCGCUCUCUCCGCCGAAGCUCGACGUCGCUAUCCCGCUGUUAAAGACGGUGCAGAGCAUGCUAUUCUCAAGCUUCGUACAUUAUCAAGUCCUAGUGAAAUUGCGCAUAAUGACGACAUAUUACGAAUCUUUUUGAUGGCAUGUGAGGUUCGAACCGUCAAGCUUAGCAUUAUUGGACUCUCUUGUCUUCAGAAACUGAUAUCUCAUGAUGCCAUUUCUCCAUCUGCUACGAGGGAGAUUUUAUCGACAUUGAAAGACCAUGCUGAAAUGGCGGAUGAGGGUGUUCAGCUGAAGACCCUUCAAACAAUAUCAAUAAUUUUUCAGUCACGUUUACACCCUGAAAACGAGGAUACUAUGUCUCAAGCUCUUGGCAUCUGUCUCAGGCUUCUUGAAAACAGUCGAUCUUCUGACAGUGUGCGAAAUACUGCUGCAGCUACCUUCAGGCAAGCAGUUGCCUUGGUUUUCGACCAAGUAGUUUUGGCUGAGUCUCUUCCUGCCGGAAAAUUUGGUUAUGGAGGGCAGCUCUCACGGACUAAUUCAGUUACUGGUGAUGUUAACCGAAGCAUCAAUUUGUCUGACUCAUUAGAUCAUGAAUCUACAUUUGGAGGGCCUCAUGUGAUGAGGGAGACGUUGACUGAAACUGGGAAACUUGGGCUGCGUUUGCUUGAAGACCUGACAUCUCUUGCUGCAGGUGGAUCUGCAAUUUGGCUGCGCGUAAACAUUGUUCAGAGGACGUUUGCACUUGAUAUUCUUGAGUUCAUUUUGUCCAAUUAUGUGGCUGUUUUCAGAACCUUGAUACCCUACGAACAGGCUUUACGACGGCAGAUAUGUUCAAUUCUCAUGACUUCUCUUCGUACUAAUGCUGAGCUUGAAGGAGAAGCUGGUGAACCUAGCUUUCGUCGUUUGGUCUUGCGUUCAGUUGCUCAUAUUAUAAGGCUUUAUAGUUCUUCCCUUAUCACCGAGUGUGAGGUUUUUCUCAGUAUGUUACUGAAGGCUACUUUUCUUGAUUUGCCAUUAUGGCAUCGUAUUCUUGUUCUUGAGAUUUUGAGGGGAUUCUGCGUUGAGGCCCGGACAUUGCGGAUUCUUUUCCAUAAUUUUGAUAUGCACCCUAAGAACACAAAUGUUGUGGAGGGAAUGGUCAAAGCUCUUGCUAGGGUUGUUUCAAAUGUACAGUUUCAAGAAUCAAGUGAGGAGAGCCUGGCAGCUGUUGCAGGAAUGUUUAGUAGCAAAGCCAAAGGGGUUGAAUGGAGUCUAGAUAAUGAUGCAUCCAAUUCUGCAGUCUUAGUUGCCAGUGAAGCACAUGCCAUAACUUUGGCAGUUGAAGGACUCUUAGGAGUCGUUUUCACUGUUGCGACUUUAACAGAUGAAGCCAUAGAUGUUGGAGAGCUGGAGUCCCCUAGAUGUGAUAAUAAUCCACCUGUGAAAUGGGCUGGUAAAACUGCAGUUCUCUGCCUCUCAAUGGUUGACUCGCUGUGGUUGACGAUACUGGAUGCAUUAUCCCUUAUUCUAUCAAGGUCACAAGGAGAGGCCAUUGUAUUGGAAAUAUUGAAGGGAUAUCAAGCAUUCACUCAGGCUUGUGGGAUUCUUCGAACUGUAGAGCCUUUAAACUCAUUUCUUGCCUCCCUAUGCAAAUUUACCAUCAACUUUCCCGUUGAAACUGAAAAAAAGAGCAGUGCUUUGCCGUCUCCUGUAUCAAAACGGUCAGAACUAUCAGUUGACCAGAGGGAUAGCAUUGUGCUUACGCCCAAGAAUGUACAGGCCCUGAGGACUCUCUUCAACAUUGCUCAUCGAUUGCAUAAUGUUUUGGGUCCAUCCUGGGUUUUGGUUUUGGAAACUUUAGCAGCUUUAGAUCGAGCAAUUCAUUCCCCACACGCUACUACUCAGGAAGUUUCUACUCCUGUCCCAAAGUUCGCAAGGGAGUUAUCAACUCAGUACAGUGACUUCAAUAUACUCUCUUCUUUGAACUCUCAGCUCUUUGAGAGCUCUGCUUUGAUGCAUAUAUCUGCUGUAAAAUCCCUCCUCUCUGCAUUAUGUCAACUUUCUCAUCAAUGCAUGUCGGGUACUUCAAGUGGUGUGGGACCAACAACAAGUCAAAAACUCGGAAGUAUCAGCUUUUCAGUGGAGAGAAUGAUAUCCAUCCUUGUGAAUAAUGUUCACAGGGUUGAGCCGUUUUGGGAUCAAGUUGUUGGUCACUUUCUUGAGCUUGCUGAUAAUCCUAAUCCACAUUUGAAAAAUAUGGCACUUGAUGCGCUUGAUCAAUCUAUUUCUGCAGUAUUAGGUUCCGAUCAAUUCCAAAACUACAAACAAUUCAAGUCUCUAAAAACAUCUCAGGAAGUGAGACCUUCUACCAUUUUUAUAACCAGAACCCCAUAUUUUAUAUAUGGAGGAUUUUUAAUGUGUCCGAAUGAUAUGCAGAUGGAAGCCAGUCUCGAUAGGAUGAUGUCUCUUGAAUGUUCUGUCAUAUCUCCUCUAAAGGUUCUUUAUUUUUCUACCCAAAGUGUAGAUGUUCGUCUUGGAUCUUUGAAAAUUCUUUUGCAUGUCUUAGAGAGAUAUGGAGAAAAACUUCAUUACAGCUGGCCGAAUAUACUUGAAAUGUUGAGGUAUGUAGCAGAUGUUCCAGAGAAGGAUCUUGUUACUCUUGGUUUCCAGAACCUACGAGUGAUAAUGAACGAUGGACUGUCCGCCUUACCUAGAGACUGCCUUCAAGUGUGUGUUGAUGUGACAGGAGCAUACAGUGCUCAAAAGACGGAGUUGAACAUAAGCUUGACAGCAGUUGGACUUCUGUGGACUAUGACUGAUUUCAUUGCAAAGGGCCUUCUCAAUGAAUCUUUUGAAGAAAAGGAAACAGGUGUUGGUUCCAUAGUCAAACAGAUAGACAGCGAAAAGAUGGAGGAUCAAGCACAUAGUGUUCCUAAUAAUGCGAGAGACCGACCUUAUGUAGAUGGUGUUGAUUAUGAGAAGCUUUUAUUCUCUGUUUUUUCAUUACUUCAAAACCUUGGGGCAGAUGAGAGACCAGAGGUGAGGAAUUCUGCUGUUAGGACACUUUUCCAAACAUUAGGAACGCAUGGGCAAAAGCUUUCAAAGAGAAUGUGGGAAGAUUGUCUUUGGAAUUAUGUAUUUCCUACAUUAGAUCGUGCUUCUUACAUGGUUGCUACUUCAUCAAAAGACGAAUGGCAAGGGAAAGAACUUGGAACUCGAGGAGGAAAAGCGGUUCACAUGCUCAUACAUCAUAGCCGUAACACUGCUCAGAAGCAGUGGGAUGAAACCCUUGUGCUUGUUCUUGGUGGAAUAGCACGCAUAUUGCGAUUGUUCUUUCCUUUUUUUACAAGCUUAAGUAACUUUUGGUCUGGCUGGGAAUCAUUGAUUCAAUUUGUGGAAAAUAGUAUUUUAAAUGGUAGCAAAGAAGUGGCACUUGCUGCAAUUAGUUGUUUGCAGACAAAUGUUAACUCCCAUUCCUUGAAGGGAAAUAUGCCGAUGCGUUACCUGAUUUCAGUGAUUGAUGUUUACGAGCAUGUUCUGAAAAAGCCACCCAGUUACAGCGACAAGGUGAAGCAGGAGAUUCUGCAUGGUCUUGGAGAGAUUUAUGUCCAGGCUCAAGGAUCAUUCAAUGAUGUCAUAUACACACAGUUGGUAGCAAUCAUAGAUUUGGUUGUGAAGCAAGCCAUGAUAACAAAUGAUAACUUUGAAAUGGAAUUUGGUAAUAUCCCACCUGUGCUACGGACUAUACUGGAAAUCUUACCGCUGUUAGGUCCGGCUGAACACAUUUCUUCCAUGUGGCCUGUUCUUCUUCGAGAGUUUCUGCAGUAUCUUCCUAGACAGAAUACCCAUUUCAAGAAUGAGGACGGAAAAAUAGAUCAAGCAAGAGAUUCUCCAGUGAACUAUGAAACUCCUAAUGGCACUAUUCCAAUAUCACAUGAUAAAGUAUCUGCGUCUCCUGGUUCUGAGUCAACUGCUGCUAUAAAUGCAGGCAUUCCUAGUUAUAUAUUUGCAGAAAAGCUAGUUCCUGUGAUUGUAGAUCUAUUCCUACAGGCACCCACAGCUGAAAAGUAUAUUGUAUACCCUGAAGUUAUUCAAAGCCUGGGAAGAUGUAUGACAACAAGACGAGACAAUCCAGAUAGUGCACUUUGGAGGUUAGCAGUUGAAGCAUUCGAUCGUGUACUUGUUGACCAUGUUACCAAAUCAACAGAUGGUGCUCAACAUUUGGGCAUUACUAAACCUGUCAGAACACGUAUAUGGAAAGAAAUUGCUGAUGUUUAUGAAAUAUUCCUUGUUGGAUACUGUGGACGAGCUCUUUCUUCAAAUUCGCUCUCGGUGGUGGCAUUAGAGGCUGAUGAGUCUCUUGAGAUGACUAUCUUAAAUACUCUUGGUGACAUUGUCCUCAAGUUGCCAAUUGACACCCCUCUGGAUGUUGUUGAGCGGCUGAUCUCCACAUUGGACCGUUGUGCAUCACGUACAUGCUCAUUACCUGUUGAGACUGUAGAGCUGAUGCCUCCACACUGCAGCAGAUUUUCCUUGACUUGUUUACAGAAGUUAUUUUCUUUGAGCAGUUAUUCUAAUGAAGUCAAUUGGAAUAUGACGAGAUCUGAAGUCAGCAAAAUCUCAAUUAUGGUGCUUAUGAACAGAUGUGAAUACAUUUUGAGCAGGUUUCUGACAGAUGAAAAUAUCUUAGGGGAGUAUCCAUUACCGAAAGCAAGACUUGAAGAAAUUAUUUAUGUCCUCCAAGAACUAGCACAGCUUCUAAUUCAUCCAGAUGUAGCAUCCAUUCUCCCCUUACACUCAUGCUUGAAAACUGACCUAGGAGAGGACAAGGCGAAGCGUGGGAAUCGUUUUCAUCUGUUUGUGCUAUUACCAUCUUUUUGUGAGCUUGUUACAUCGAGAGAAUUAAGAAUACGGGAGCUGGUGCAAGUACUGCUUCGGUUUGUCAGCAAGGAAUUGUGUCUGGAAAAGCUCAGCUUAGCAUGUGGAAAAUAGACAGCCAGAUAAGCCCACUAUCGAAGUCGAUUACUUCAACUUUUUAAGCUUAUGGAAAGCUUAGGUUUUUUACCCCCCUUCAUCUUCUUGGCUGGGACUGUAUAUUAUUUUGUAGACUAGAUUACUAGAUUAGAAUCACCUAGAGGUUUCCCGGUCUACUCAUGCCAUAUUGCCGUCAGAAAUUAUGGUCAACUGUUUCUCAGUUCCAUCAAGUGUGUGCCCAUAAUUAGUUUACCUGAAGUUGUUACAUGGAUCAAAGUUUUCCAUACACUCCAUUGCUUCCAGCGCAAACACAGCUUAUUUGGGGCCAGAACCAUAAGUUGGAAAAACCAGUUGUGCAGGUGACUGGAAUAUAUGUGGUUAAACACCCGGGUGAUAUAUAGACAGGAACAGAGAGUGGAAUGGAAAAAACCUAUUAAAAUGAUCCUAGUGAGCUGAUCCAUAUUCCCUUGCUUGCCAAUUUUGUUGUAUCCAAUCACACUGUGAAGUAUGAAGGGCUUUAUUUUUCAGAAAAUAACUUAAGACAGGGCUUUCUCUCUUGUUGUUUUUAUAUAUAUACUAACAGCUCUUCUACUUGCAAUGGUCAAAGAUAUGUAAAAAGUUGGUUUGGUUUUAGACUGACCAACGGACUGACAUUACAUUACCGAACUCUUGAAUUACAAGAUAAUCUGGUGAGGAAUAGUUUGAAACUUUGAAUCCCAUCCCACCCUUAACUGCAGUUAUUGAGAAAAUUCUUGUAGCAUGGCUAUAUUGUAUGUACAGCUCAAAUUCAUUGUAUUGAUGGAUUUUUUUUUAAUCUAAAAUUAUGAUGGUUAGCUGUUGGA